AUGGCGUCACCAUCCUUUCUCUCCCCACACGCACCUAACGAACUGAUGGCGGACGACCUGCUCUUGACCGUCCGGUUCUCCGCGUCCAUACCCGACCUCCACCUCGACGUCCCAGACGCAGAGACCACAACAGGCGCAGGCCUCAAACAACUAAUCCGCGCCAAUCUCCCACCGUCACUCUCCUCUCACCGGCUUCGCCUCAUCUACGCAGGUCGCGGACUAGAAGACACAACCGCCCUCGCUACUUCCCUCAAGCUCCCACCCUCACCAUCCCGCACACCUCGGCCCGCAGACGAUGACGCUGGAGACGAGCUCUCCGCCACAGAGAAUGGCUCAGCAAAGAGUAAAGCGAAGGGCAAGCAGCCCCUCCGCGACUCCCGUCCACGCGUCUACAUCCACUGCUCCAUCGGCGACAUCGCGCUUUCCGAGUCCGACUUAUCCGCCGAGGCAUCCGUGGCCUCAACCAUCCUCCUCCAAAAGAAGAAAGAUGGGUCUCGCUCUUCGUCUCUCCUGGCGUCUACCGGUGCCAGCACCUCACAAUCACAAUCCCAAGCUCAGCCACAGCAAACAACAUCUACAACACCCGCCCCACGCGGCUUCGACCGCCUCCUCUCCGCCGGCUUCACCCCCGCCGAAGUCACAGCCCUCCGAUCCCAAUUCCUCGCCGUGCAGUCCGUCUCUCGGACGCCAGAUACCAUGCCUACGGGUGAGGAAUUGCGUGAUCUAGAGGAUCGGUGGAUGGAUGAGGGGUCGACGGUUGCGCAGGCGCAGGGUGGUGGAGGAGGGGGUGCGAUUGGGGAUGAUGAUGGUGGGUUUGGGUCUGGAUCGAGGACGGCGAUGGAUGAUAUGCUAUGGGGCGCGGUGAUGGGCUUCUUUUGGCCUGUCGGUUGUGCGAUGUGGUUGAGAAGGGAGGAGGGCGUGUGGAGUUGGAGGAAGGGAGUGGCUGUUUUUGUGGGGGUGGUGGUUAAUGCUGGCUUUGGGGCUAUGAGGGUUAUGAGUUGA